GGAUCCCUUCCACUCCUCAGGGAUCCCCUUCCACGUGGGUCCCAGAAGCACGCUCUCUCCCUCCCUUCCAUUAAGUCCCAAGAAAAGCAGCCGGCAUGGUCCAGGCCACGAGAUCGCCAGAAAGACGAUACAUAUACGAUCCCGUGGCUAGGAUGACCGCCUACGCGAACUUCCAGCAAUACGAUCUGAUGGACUCCGAGGGUUAUGGAUCAGCGAGUAGUCCUGAAUCGAACCCGCGAGUCUCUUGGCCUCAUCAGGAGGUCUAUCCUCAGCCACCAAGAUCAAGAGGCAGUAGCUGUGGUAGCGUUAGCUCGUUGGACAGUCACAAUCAUCAAGAAUAUCAAGAGAUCGGUGCUUUGAAUGGUGCUUUUCACGUUACCACUACGGCAACUUUUAAUUUCGCUGAGUUUUACGAAGGUUAUUACAAGGAAGGUUACAGAAACGAUCAUCAGACGCAAACGAUGAUAGGAAAUCCAAAGGAACGUACGAAGAUCGUGUUCAGAACGAACGAUCAUCAACGUCUCGAAGAAAUCUAUCAGACUCCUUUGAACAGUACAACGACAUUUACCAACGAAACGUUCCCGAGCAAACAGGAAUCCGGUUACGCGCCAAAAAUGGAGCACCAUCCCACGAGCGUUGUCUUCGGGAACGACAGGUGCGAGUUCUCGCAGAAGCAGGAUACUUUUUUUGUUGCGAAGGCCUAUGCCAUUGCGAAAAGUAACGGUCUUACGCACUCCGGAAGUAACGACAGUGGACCAGACGUUGGUGCUUACGGUCAAAGGCCAGACGUGCUUUACUUUGGUAGCACCUGUACCAUGCAGAGAAAGGACGGUUGUGCUCCGAGCAAUCAGACGAUCGAAAACGAUCAGGUCAGGUAUCAUCAUCAAAGGAACGAAUCUUUUCGUUCAACGGACUACGUCGAACACAAGGACAAGGAAUCCGUGCAAAAGAUGAAGAAUGGUACUGCACCGGGUGUCGAAGUGCUUAGGAGAAGAAGAUUGGCAGCUAACGCCAGAGAGAGAAGGAGAAUGAACAGUUUAAAUGAUGCCUUUGAUAGGUUACGUGACGUCGUACCUAGUUUGGGUAACGACAGAAAACUCAGCAAGUUCGAAACAUUGCAAAUGGCACAGACUUACAUCGCUGCGCUUUAUGAACUUUUACAAAGAGAAUGA